UGCAGUACAGUAUACACCAACUCUAGCGGUGGCGGUGGCGGUAAGCGACUGAAGUCAGUCACGUGACGGAUUACGUCAUCUGUCUCAGUGUAAGUUGGUUGGGAGUCGGAGAGACUAUUCUGACUAUUGAUCACCCAGUACCAGCGCUUGCUCCCGCUCGGCAACCUUCGACAAUUCCCGCCCGAGUUCGGCGUUUCAGGUCAAUCUAUCAGCACGGUGCUAUCUCGUGUGUUAAGAUGACAUUUAUUUUUUAUAUUCCCGUCGCCGACAGUGGUUAUUUCUACACAGCCAGCAAUGUGUGCAAUACGUAGAGUAGAUACGUAAACGUCCUCCUGUUGCUAUUAAAGAGGUCCGAAAGAGUUGCAAAGAUGAUGUGGCUACGUAGUGAAAAGAGAUGUCGGCCAAGGCUGAGAUGGUGUGGCCGGGGUGGAGGGGUACAGAAGGUAGCAGCCAUCGACCACACUUCCGCCCGUGUAUCCACACACAGCUCUCGUGUCAGCCGUUGCGGCAGAGUUACAAAGUGGCGUAGAAGGAGUGGCAGUCUUCUCAAAGAGACAUGCAAAGAAAAUGUUUCACCCUACCACAGUCUCAAGAAAGGGUUUUCACGUUCAAAGAAGAUUCUACUUGAAGAUAAACUAUGCUCAAAGAUUUCUGAGAAAGAUAUUCAGGAAAAUGAAGAGACAAAAGAGAAUUGGCAAGGCUGUUUGCACAAUAGCAAUUCUGGAAACUUGUAUGCAGCAAGCAACAACAACAACCAGAACUUGUCCUUGAGUCUGGUGCCAGAAUUAGCCCACCUUUUGCAUCUGAAAAGAGAUGAAGAUGUUGAGCUCGAAAGCCUAGAUUGUGCUUACGAAGACUCUGAUAUGAAACUGAAGCCCACCAAUGAAGAAGACUGCUAUGUUUUCUAUCCAGAAGAUGAAGAAAAUAACUCAUCUAAUCAGACUAGCAUGGUGUCCCAGUGCUCUACUGAUGAUGAGUGGGAAACAUUUGAUCCGUACCUGUUUAUCAAGCACCUACCUCCCCUCACCUCAGAGAUGAGAGCUAGAUGUCCAGCUCUUCCACUCAAAACCCGCAGCAGCCCUGAGUUCUCUCUUGUAUUGGACUUGGAUGAAACAUUGGUCCAUUGCAGUCUCCAAGAGCUUCAAGAUGCCUCUUUUUCAUUCCCAGUUUUGUUCCAAGAGUGCAGCUACACUGUCUUCGUCCGGACACGACCUUUCUUCCGAGAGUUUCUUGAAAGAGUUUCAGCCCUGUUUGAGGUCAUCUUGUUCACAGCUUCAAAACGAGUUUAUGCCGAUAAACUUCUGAAUCUCUUGGAUCCAUCUCGUAGAUGGAUAAAAUAUCGGCUGUUUCGUGAACAUUGUGUCUGUGUCAAUGGGAACUACAUCAAGGAUUUAUCCAUCCUGGGUCGAGACCUCUCAAAGACAAUCAUUGUGGAUAAUUCUCCACAAGCUUUUGGAUAUCAGUUGGAAAACGGCAUACCAAUUGUGAGUUGGUUUGUGGACCAGAGUGAUUCAGAACUCAUGAAACUGUUGCCUUUUUUAGAGGAUCUGGUUUAUUUGAAUGAAGAUGUCCGGCCACACAUCAGGGACAAGUAUCGUCUCUUUAGCUUUUUGCCCCCCGAUUAAAUAGUCCAGACCUCUCGCUACUCUCAGGCCUUCUAUACAUUAUUACUAAUUGAUAGCUAAACUGGUUAGUUUAUUUUUAGCUUUACCAAUUAUUGCUGUUAAAGUUGUGUUUAUUUAUUGGUUUAAAUUUUUUUUAUCAGUAUUGUCAUUAUAAAGCUUUGUAAAGUUCUGUGUUUAAAGAUAUAGAAAUAUUUUUUAUAAUAAUGUUAAGCCAUUGUUUUUAUUUUUAAUAAUGUUUAGUAAUGACAGAGUUAACAUUUUUGAACACUGCUUGCACACAAGGUUUAUAUUAUAAAAGUAGAAGAAUAGUUAUUGUAAAGUUAUUUAACUCUAUAUUGUUAAAAACUCUAUUAGAGAACCUUUUGCUUGCCGAAUGUAUUUCUUAGCCAAACUAUCUAAAGGCUGCAAGCCCAAGCCAUAUUUUAUAACACAUUUACUUAGAAGGCUUUACUAUACAAAGAAGAUGUUUACUUUUACCCUUACAAGUUUAUUUUGAAUAUGUUCUAAAUUUAUUCCAAGCUGAAAAAUUUAGACCUUACCUUUAUCUUUUUUUAAUUUUUAACAAUAUUUCCUAAGAAAAUCCAUUUUAAAUUUCCUUAACCAAAUAGUUUCAAAAAGGUUUGAAUAAUACUGUUUUUAUCUGAGAUAUCUAAUAUUCAUCUCAUAUUAUGUAGGUUUGCUGCCAUGGUUGUAUUUUAAUGUUGUUUUAGGGCUAGAUAAAAAAAAAACUAUAGAGUUUAAAAAUAUAUUGUUAGUUGUAUAGAUAUUUUAAUGAUUUAAAAAAAAGUUAUAUUGAUAUAAUUUGUAUUUUUUUUCUGGACUCAUCCAGUUGUUAGGGAUAGAUAUUCAUUAUAGAGGGUGAUUAAAAAAGAAUGACCCAAUUUCAAACAGUUAUAUUUAUUUCAAAAAACGGUACACACAAACAAAUUUUACAUCAAAUUACUCACAAAAGCAUCUAGUUUAUGAUGAUGUAUUAUAAGUGUUCUAUGUGCCCUCCAUUUGAGGCUUGGACGACGUCUAGAUGGUAGGCAAAUUCAUCCCAGACUGUUCGCAAGAUGUCUUCUCAGAUAGUAGCUACUGCAUCAGUUAUCCUGAUCUUCAGCUCCUCAAUAUCACGUGCUAAGGGAGGAACAAAAACACGAUCUUUAACGUAUCCCCACACGAAAAAAUCACACGGUGUUAUCGUUAUGUCAGGGGACCGUGGAAGCCAGGAAUGCAUAGCCAAGUCUUGUGGUCCUGUGCGUCCUAUCCAACGUUGAGGCAAGUUGGUGUUGAGGAAAUGGCGUACAUCCUUGUGUCAGUGUGGUGGUGCUUCAACUAGUUGAAAGAUGAAGUUGUCCGAGUCAAGAAUUAGUUGAGGUAAUAACCAAUUUCGUAGCAUUGCUAGGUAAGAUGCACCAUUAAGACACACCUUCGUUUGUGAAACCACACAAAAAACGUUCACUUUAGGCGAAUCUCGUUCAUGCUCCACUGUUUAAUGGGGGUUUUCGGUUCCCCAUAUACAAACAUUAUGUCGAUUCACUUUACAGCUCACAUGAAAUGUGGCCUCAUCACUGAAUAUCAACCGUGGCAAAAAGGUAUCCUCCUCCCAUUACAAAAGUCAACAUGUCUCCUUUUGUCACCAGCACGGAGCGCUUGUACGGGUUGCAAUCAGUAUGGUCGUAAGGCCAAACACCACCUUAACACACGCCACACAGAAGUCUGAGCAACUCCAAGUUCUCGGCGCUGUGUCAACGUACGCUGGUUCAAUUAGAACUUCUCCCGAAUCUGUUGAACUGCCUCUUCAGAUGUGCGUGGUGGACCGGCACUUUUCCCCUUGCAUAAACAACCAGUAUUAACAAACUGUUUGUACCACUGACGAAUGUUCUUUGGUAGAGGUGAUUCAGCACCAAAACGAAUCCGAUGCGCUCGUUGAACAGUUACAAUUGAGUUUUGCUAAACUGAAGAAUGCAAAAAGCCUUCUGUUGAGUGGACGCCAUAUUGUUUCAGACUUCCUAGACGCUCAAGGUCAGCGCUCUUGUUGACAUCUAGCGGCGAUUUUUCAAAACUCUAGACCUCUCCAGUUGUCAGUAAUGCAGUUUCAUUGGCGGUUGUGCACUAAGAUCCAUAAUAUUUUAAGUUAAAAUUGGGUCAUUAUUUUUGCAUCGCCCUUUAUAUUUUAUAUGACACGUUUUUGUUUUCUUAAUACUACUCUUUUCAAAUAUUUGGUAAAUGUCAUGCACAACUUUCCCAUGGUCUUUAUCUCUAAGCUUGGGCCGAAAAUCUCCUUAGCCUAAUACAGGAAUAUAUUAUUAACAAUUAUCUUAAGCUUUUUUAUACAAAUUUGUGUGAAGAACUUUUCUAUAAAACCCAGCAGAUUUAUUAAUACUUACACAUUGAAGGUAAUGAUAAUAUUUAAAUGGUGAAUAAACAAACUUAACAAACAAAAGGAUCUACGCUAAAAUAAUUUCUGAUCCACAAAUAUAUUGCAAAUACAGUGUUAAACAGGAACUAGGCAAAUUUAAAACCCCCAUUAAAUUAUUUAUUACCUAAUAGUGUUAACGAAAUCUUAUCAAGUAUUAUUUAUCUUAUGGCUAAAGUAACCUUUCAAAAUGAAAACUAAAAUGUAACUGUGUAUUGCUCUGAAAAUAUAUUUAUAUUUUUGUUUUAGACUUGCAUAAAACCACAUAUAGUUUUUGAAAAGUCUUGAUAUUCGUAUUUAAAAUGCAUUUUUUUUAGUUAUGUGAAUAAAUGUAAAACUAACUUUCUUAGUUCAUAGAAAUGUUAUCUGAAAUGAUUUUUUUCAUGGAAAUGAACAAAUAAUUGUUAAACAAUGAGGGUAGCUACUUGGCCAAUUAAGCUUACUGCAUCAAGUUGGAGACUUUUGUGAAGCCGUUAUUUUUAAUAAAAAAAAAGGAAAACUACACAUUUAUUUCUCAUUGACGAGGUACUAUAUCAAAACACUUUUUUAACAAAGCUUGUAUACCUUCAAGGUUUGAUUAAAUGGCAUCAUGAAAUGUCCAAAACUCAUAUAAUACCAUUAGCAAUCCCUUUCUUAUUGAUUCAUUUCAAACACAAUUUUGUUUUAACCCAGAGAACUGUUGUAUUAUAGACUUUUUUUAACAAUAUUAAUGACUGUGAAAAUGCAAUAAACAUUUAAAAAAAGUUUUGGGCAAGCUAUUUAUCAAUAAGUUAUACAUAUCAACGCUUUAUACAUUUUUUUUAAUGGCCUGUGUCAGGGGGUCUAGGAUUGCAUUGCAAGUGCUCUCAUUUAAUUCUGUCAUAAGAGAACACUUAUACAUUAUAAUACAUCAAAACAUGCUUCAUAAUUUUCCUCCUUAUGUAAUUUCCUCAUCCUAUUAAUUCUUUUAAUUUUAAAUUUGUUUAUCGGGAAACCAGAAGAGUGUAUCCUUCAGAGAAACGAAAGUAUGCUAGUGAGCUUAUUUGUACAACUGAGCCCUCAUUGGACUUGGAGUAGCACAGCCAAGCUUUAUCUGAACACAUUUUCCCCUUCAAUCUCAGUUCUUCCCAUGUCUGUUGUGUUUAUAGUUCUCUGUAAACUUAUGUUCCUUAUAGUGUUAUGACUGUGCAGAAGGUCUCGGAAAAUGUAUGGUACUCGUAGUUAGUUCGUCGUCAUUAAGUGUUGUUAUUUUGUAAUGUUUUAGAAACUAAUACAAACAAAUCACAAUCUACACAUGUAAGUGUUAUAUAAAACUAACAUUCAAAUUUAUAUAGAAACAUUAUUUUAAAUAUAAAUAAUUUUAAGAUUGCCCUAGAUGUAGAAUGUCUGUCACCUGUACAUUUAUUAUUAGGCAAUUUCGAUGUGGAGGUAUCUGUUUUCAAGCAUAGUAGUAACCCAAGUUUUAAAAUUUGUAACGGCAAAGCCAUUAUAUUCUGAUGACUUAUCGAUCAUUAUUGAAUAAGGGGCGGAUUUCAGGUUGAAGCAUGUUAAUCAUAGCUUAUUGUGCAUGCACUCAAAGUAAUUAGCAGGGCAUUAAACUCAAAGUCGUGCAUUUUCACUUUACUGGUUAUAAAUUAAAUGUAUUUUGUGGAGGAUCUGAUUUAAGUUCAGCAGAUUACUGUUAGAACAAAAAAUAUAUUGUUCAUUCAUGAUUAAGAUUUAUGAUCUCAACCCUAAACUUAUAGUCACAUCAUAGUUUUAACCUCUUGACCAUAUCGUUUAAGGUUAAAUUUAAUGUCUGUUUAGUGAUCUGAUUGUGGAAUUACAGUAGAGCCUUUUAAGGCUGUUUUACUUUUAGCUAUUCUCCCUUUAGCCACUCUUUCUGUAUAUUUCCCUUGGGCAUUAUUCUGUAGUGGUCAAACAGAAUGAAACUUCUAAAUGGUUUGAGUUUUGCAUCAUUCUUUUUAAAGUUCAGACUGGUUAAAAUUUUCAAUAACUUUUUAGAAUCUUGGAGGAGACACUUUAUAGUGGUCGUAGAACGACUAAAAAACGGCUACCUUCACACGAGUGCAAUAGUAUUUAAGUUAAGCGUAAAUCAAAUCAAUGUCAUUGUAGACUAACCUGUUAAAUGCAAUAAUCUACUAAAAAGUAAUUAAUAACUACUAGCACAAGUUGAUAGUUAACAAACAACUUUGCACUAGUAGUCACACCAUUGGAACAUUAAGUAAUUUUGUAUUUAAAUAUUAUUUGAAAAAUUCAAAAUGUUUUACAGAAUAAUUUAACCUUAUUUAAAGAGUGCCUUUUGUUAUUGUGUUAUUAACAUAAUUUUAUAACUGAAUACUUAAAAGUUUCUCAAUAAAAUAUAGUUCUUAAGCUAAUAUUUAUGUAUAAAUUGCACCAUUGUUUAGUUGACAGUUGGUAUUUUAUUUGUACUUACAUAUGAUAUAUUUACAUUUUUUGUACUGUUGGUUAUACUUGCCGUGUCAAAAUAAUUUAAUUUAAUAAAUUUUUUUCAAUUUCA